UGGUCCACAGCUGUUGUAGUCGGGAGGCUGCGCUGGCUCGGAGGAAGCCUUCCUCGCUCGUUCACUCGUCCUGGAACAAUGGGAGACGCGGCCGCCUCCGCAGACGCUCAGCCGGUGUUGGCGCCCCGCGACGGGUCUUUCCCUGAGCCGCUUGCUCGAUCCUGAGGGCGGGACAGCUGAAAGUGCGGUUGUCUCAUCCCAGAAAUGCCAGGUCGCGGCCUCUCUCGUCUCUUUGGUGACUUGCUUCCGUGCUGCGGUCUGGAGCUCUCUGCUGCUGACCGGAUGACAGGAAACACGCCAGCCGCCAAGCUUUGUGCUUCUGUUGUUGGGAGAGCGAGGCACCUGACGCCAGAGUGACACCUCUUGACGGCUCAAAAGGAGAGCGGAAACCACAGAUGAGAAUAAUGUCGGAUGAGGCGGAGCAGCGAAUGUGCGACGAGGACUUUUGCUCGGACGAGGAGGGCGAGGAGGCCGACGUGGAGUCGUACCUGGAGGACAACAGCAGCGAACUCAUGAACCGGCUCAAGGAGCUGGAGGCAGAAAAUUCAGCUCUGGUGCUGGCGAAUGAGAGUCAGAGAGAAGCGUACGAAAGAUGUCUGGACGAGGUGGCCAACCAUGUGGUUCAAGCUCUCCUCAAUCAGAAGGAUCUGAGGGAAGAGUGCAUCAAGUUGAAGAUGUUGGUGUUUGACCUGGAGAAGCAGAACCGAGCACUUUGCGAGCUUUUUCAGCAGAAGCUGCCCAAUCAUCCCACUGCUCACUACCAGGUCCAGGCGGGACCACUCCCAGACUACAAUGCACAGCUGCACAAUGACUCCGCCAAACACUUGGAGGCCGCUCAGACCGAAGCACAAGCCAAGGGGAACGGCUACCGCACUCAGCACUCUUCUCCGGGCCCUCGGGCUGCUGCCGCCUCCUCCAUGGAGGCUCUUUCUCCCUUCUUUAAGAAGAAAGCACACAUCUUGGAAGUCCUGCGCAAAAUGGAGGAAACGGACCCUCUUAAGUUCCACCCGGCCACGGCCAGCUUGUCUUUCUCCGACUACAGCCAGGUGCUUGUGUCCACAGAGGCCGUGUUGGCCUCAGCGGACACGCUACAGUGCAAAUCCCAGCACGUGCGCUGCCACUGCUGCCGCCCUGAUGCAGAGGCACUCCAACACAUCAACGGGGAUGGGGCGCUGAUGUGCGAGGCGGGGAACACCUGCUGUUUACACUGCAAGAGGAGCCCAGACGGAGCUCCCAAACCAUGCGCCGCCCACCCCUGCGCCACGCCCUGCAGCGUGUCUGCGGCCGCUACCAACGAAUGUCCCGCCAAGAGCCGAACAACGGAAUGUGUCCAGCUGUCCAAGCAAUGCGCCAAGAAUGACUCGCACUUGAAAACAGCAAAUGAUUCCGGCGCUGCCGAUCACAUCCUGGAGGGAGUGGAGCAGAAGCAGGACAUCCAAGAACUCACUGGCUUCUUUCCAGCCCCCCAGCUCCCUGAUUCAGAAGGCACCCACGUUUCCCACUGUGACCCGGAGGCAGGCGAUGGUGUUUCCAGCGGCUCCACUCUCGACAGCGCGUCCAACGAUACUUUAUCCGCCCCGGAGAAAGAUGGCGCCGAUCUGGAGGCCGUGCGAGCUGGCGCUUCUGUGAGCCCGAGCCCCUCCUGCCUCAAUGACGUCAAAAACGCCGCCAUCAACUCGCCGUCCAAACUGCUCAAGUUCCUCAAGAUUCCUUCCAUAGGGGACAAGUGUCAGGCCUCAAGUCCCGCCGUCCGCCUGAGCCCCCAACUCACCCGAAGCUCCAGAAUCCCUUGUCGCACCAACAACUACGAGGUGUAUCACUCUCCUGUUCCCACCCGUCGAGCCACCACCACAGAACGAUGCAGGCAGCCGCCGGCGCCGCCCACCAGGUCCGAGUCGUACCCUGCCGCGCACUCGGCACCCACCUCCCCCCCGCAACCCGAUGACGCCUGCCCUGCACCUGCUAAAGACACCGGUUACAGCUUCUCUGCAGCCAACCCUAAGAUGAGUGCUCCCUCAUCCACAGUCUCCUCUUCCUCCUCCAAACCAGCUCCCAGUAUUCCGCAUUAUGAAAAUAUUUGUGACCUGACCCCUAACCCACGUCCGGAGGAGCCCACUCACGCUCUGGAGAGAAGAAUCACUCUUCCAUCUCAAACGAAAACCAACGGUGGCGAUAGGAAACUGGUUAAAUCGCUUCCCGAGAGCGUCCUCGCUGCGUCUCCUCAGCGAAAGCAGUCGUCGUCCUCUUCGUCGGAGUCCACGUCAGAUGACGAAGAAGAUUCCGACAGUCCGGUUUGGGUGAACCACCACAGCUUGCCCAACCCUAGCGCACAGUGCAGAGUCGACCGCUCACAGAUCCGAGACGAGCCCGUCGGGCAGAGCUGCGAGGCUGCCCAGCCGCCACUUCCAUCCAGAAGGAACGACUCAUCUUCCAUCCCCAAGAGGCCCACGCCGGGCGCCGCCGCAAGGUCACAGACCGAUUCCAGUCACCACGCCUUCAAAGACAGACUGGCUGCGCUGGGCAAGCUGAGGAGUUCCGAGGACUUACAGGGAGGCACAAAGCCGGCAGACGUGGCCGACGAGGCCGUCGAGGAUAGGAGUAAGACGGCGGAGAGGCACAUUGAGCUGCACAAGGAGGAGCAGAGACAUUCCAAAUACACCGACUCUUUAGAUGGGAAAGGUCGAGGUGGCGGCGGGGGGUUGAAGUACCCGGGCGCCACUCAGCCUCACGAACAAGUGGGGAAGUCUCCCAUCUCCACCGGUCUGGUUAAACAGGAGCUAUGUGUGAGCUCCAAGAGCAAGAUUGGCCUGCUCUCGCCUAACGCCGAUACUCCGCAGGUACUGCGGAACAACAUCAAGUGUCCCGCCUCGCUCAACCUGCCCUACAACGUGAAAGCCGCUACUCAAAGUGGCAACAGUCCCAACAAAAUCCAUCCAAAGUCGCCGUCCAAACCUUGUCAGGGUCCCUCAGUCCACAAAUCAGGAAAAGCCACAGACGCCCCGCGGUAUUCCUCCAAGUCGGAAGAGAGAGCCAAAGUUAGCGGUAAAGGUAAAAAGAACCCAAUGUACGGAGACAGCCUGCCGCCGCCUCCUCCCAAGCCUCCGACAUCUGGAGGCGAAAACGCACCGCCGCCCGUGCCCAGCCCGCAGUCGGCCAUCGAGCAGAAGGUGAUGAAGGGCAUCGAGGAGAACAUGCUCAAGCUCCAAGAGCAGGACCGAGGGGUGCAGCCCAGCGAGGCCAGGCAGAAGGCCACUAACGGGAUCGCCAGCUGGUUCGGGCGCAAGAAGAGCAAGCUGCCCGCCCUGAGCCGCAAGGCGGACGCCGUCAAAGCCAAAGACGAGAAACGGGAGUGGAAGAUCAACAUCCCGUCGGUGGGCAAGGACUCGGUCAAGAUGGCCAGCAGGUGUCGAGAAGGAGUGGAAGGCCUGAACAUUUCCACGCUGAUGGAGAAGGCCGAGGGCCUGCGGAGGGCGCUGGAGGAAGAGAGAGCGUACGUGGAGAGGUCGGGCAGGGGUCACUCGUGUGAGGUGGUGAUGGACCAGGCUCAGGGACAGUUGGCCGUCAUGUACCGGGGCGGCCGCUCCGACAACUUCAUGCAGCAGCUGCUCAACAGAGUUGAUGGCAAGGAAGCCGUCAGUGUGCCGCAGCGGAGGCUCUCGUUCGACUGCAAGACGUCCAGGCCCGUGUUCGGUCAGCAAAGCGACAUCGUCAUUGCUCACGCCAGCGGCGGAGGGGACAACGUGGUACAGACGUCCCAUCGAACAGCCAAGAUGACUUCGGAUGAGAAUUUCGCCAUUUCGGGUCAUUCGCAACACUUUUCAGGUUCCGGUGCGUCCACGUACACGCUGGACAGCGGCAUCGGCACGUUCCCGCUCCCUGACUGCAGCGGUGGCGGCGGGGCAACGGGACGAAGCCUGUCCAAGAGCAGAGCCGAGCAGCGGCCCUCGGGCUCGCCGGGGAGGGCCGGGCGACGGGCCCGCACCUUGGACCGGGAACCCACGUCGCAGGACGAGUGCUAUGCAGCUCACAAGCAGCCCCUUCCCAAUCCGCAGCACGCUUCCAAAAUGGAGGGAAGAGGCUCAGCUGGCGUCAUCCGGGAAGAGCCCCACGGAGCGCACAUGUUCUCUCCUCGCUCUAAGACGUGGACCUUCCCCAACCUCAAGACUCCGGCAGGCCCUGCAGACGUGUACCUGGCUGUGGAGGAGGAAGACGAGGAGGUGGUGUCCUUCGGCACACCCUUCAGAACGAGCUUGAAAGCCAGCGGCCCAUCAUCCAGCCGUGCAGCAGAGCCGGGCAGCCUGCCUGUGCCGACCCAGUCGGGAUUGAACCGCAGAGGAAAGACCCGUGCCGCCGGCGUUACGGAAAUGAGUCGGGACACCGGGCUCGAGCUGCUCAGGGAGCGGCCGGAGGAGGCCUUGUCGCCCGGCCGGCCGCAGGUUCUGGAGACGCCUGAAUCCCUUAGCGACUCGCUCUACGAUAGUCUGUCUUCGUGCGGCAGCCAAGGAUGAUUCGGUCGCUCGUGCUGACAGAAGAGUCAAAAUUGGCAUGAUCCGGAUCUUGAAGGAAACUCUUAAAAUGAAUGGGGAUGACAACCACCAUCAACCAGACUUCUCCUCCUCAGGAUCUCCAAACAAAGUGAAGCCAAACCCACCAAAAUGAUGGCGAGGUGUGUACAGGACUGCAAACGCAUGAGCGAGCGAGUUAACCAAUAGCACAAGUGGCGCUCAGCUAGUGUCGACUUCAACCUCAUCAUCAUCAAUCAUCCUGGUUCUUGAGGUGUAUCCAGGACACAUUUCACUACAUCAUGUACUUGAAGAAAAAGGCAGUGCUACUAAGGUGGAAAAAAAGAAGACAAAAAAAGAAUGUUCAUGUAUUUCUUUUUUCUGCUCAACUCAAUUUCAGUGUACAAAUGAUUUUAUUGAUCAUGUUGAUUUGAUAUUUUUUGCGACCACGAAGGUUUGUGAAAAAAAUGUCUGUCUGAAACCACAAUGCAUUUAAACGUAAUAUAUACCAGCAAUAAUAACAAAGAGAAAUGGCUACGCUAUUCAAUGAAUAUUUCUAUUAUUUAUUUAUUAUUUGAAAUGUACGUCAUUCUCAUCUUUUUGUAAUCUUUAGGUGAAAAUUCAAGUCUUCUGGCUUAGUUUAGCUCCCUAUUUUUAAUGUCAAUAUGUGUUGCUGUUUAUUCCUUAGGUGAUAGCUCCCCUGUAUGUACUGCCCUUUUUCAACUUUCUAUUAAAAAGCUUUUCAUUUA